AUGGCUUCCUGGACAGAGGGCAAGAAGGUUGCUGAGAAGCAUUCAACCCGGCAGCGGGAAAGCAGGUCCCUCAAUGGAGCCAGAGAGCUACCCAAGCGAAGGAAAGCGAUUCUCAGGCCACGGGAGUCUGUCGAGGCAUCAGAAGAAGAGCAGACGCACCGAGAGGUGAGACCCCGUGCCAACAGCACCCACAUACAGAUCGAGGAUGACGAGGAAGACCUUGACGAGGAUGUGAGCGGCAACUCGGAAGGCCAAAAUGAAGGCCUGGUGUCGGAGGAUGCUGAGGAGGAAAGCGAGGAUGAGGUGCAGGAAGCUCCAGAACAAGGAAAUGCUGUGGCAAAUGGAGAUCAGGAAGUGGAGGAGUCGGAGGCUGAAGAGGAGGAAGACGAGGAUGAGGAAGAAGAGGAAGAAACCAGGGCAAAGUCGGCUCGAAGAAAGCCAAAGGAGCAGCCAGCUGAGAUAAAGACCCGCAAACCUGAUGCUAAAGCAGUCUGGGGCGCGGGCGCCGCGCCAGAAGCUUCAGCACGCCUAUCAGCAGGUGCAUUGCGGGAGCUGGCGGAGCAAAAGAUCAAGUCGCUCAAGGCCAUGGAGCCGCAGGUCUCAUCUGCUUCCUCUUCAAAGUCCAGUCCUCAAGCUGCUGAGAAGGCCUUGGCCUUGUCUUUAUCAGUGGAUUCGAGCCAAGGUCUGAGCGCGGAGAAGAUCUCUCCUGAGCUGCAGGAAGAGCAGCGGAUCAAGGUUUCUGCCAAAAUUGGAUGCCCAAAGCUGACGCUGCAGUGGCAAGUUAGCCUUGCCCGUCGGAACCGACUCGGGCCGCCGUUUGAAGCACCGUCAUUUGGUACCGUGGUGCGGAAUGUGCGGAUAGCGCCGCAGGCUCACAUGGCUCGCAUUCAAGAGGGAGACGGCUCCUCCAGAGGACGGGCCAGGUCUGCAGGCACUGCAGGCCACGGCUGGACCAAAGCGAUUGCCUCAGAUUUUGCAGCCAACUUGCAGCGCUUCGCAUCAGACACCGAGGCGCCCGGUGAGGCCAGCGAGGCCCACUUGGCCUCCACCUCCCCGGACGGUGCCAGGGCCGCCACCGGCUUGGCGGGUUUCCCAGUGCGAGACGGUAGUGAUGAUGCCUCCGCCCAGGACCAGGACGAGAUGGGAAUCUACGGGCUAGACACAUGGUCCCGACAUGCAGCCACUGAGCCGAAGGCAAAGCGUUCCAGGGGAAGCCAGGAUCGCAUGGAUGCUGUUCAGCAGCGCUGCGCGACUGUGGCCCAAGCCAUCGGCAAGGCGCAAAUGCCUCAGGCUUGCAGAGCAAUGCUUGAAGCAGCAGUGCCCUUGGCCCUUGGUGUUUCACCGGCAGAUCGAGACAAGCGCCAGGUGGCAUUUGCUCGCUUCAUCGGGGAGGUCCUCAAAGACACCGAAGCACUGCUGCUUGAACGGCUUUUGCAAGAGAAGCGUGCUGCAAAGGAAGAGGUGCUGGCAGCUGCCACCUGCGCGCAGAAAGCAGCGAAAGCUGUGCGGGACAUUCUCACCCAAGUGGAGCGCUGCGAGGAGCAGCUUGCUGUGCACCUCUCGGCGGAAGAGGCAGCGAAGCUUGCUCACGGCUGCGCAGAGGUAGAAGCCAAUGAGGCUGAGGCGGCGCGAAGUGCAGCAGAGGUGCAGCGACUCGAGCGGCAAAUGGAACAGGAUCUCUCCAGGACGGCUUGCUCCGUCCUCCGUGCGGAGAACAAGGAGCUGCAGCUAACCGCAGAUCAGCUGUCCAAGCUUCAGAAAGUCUGCAACAAGCUCAAUUUGGAGGACUCACUACUGUGCACUUUGCCACUCGUGUUGCAAAAGCCUGUGGAGGGCAGGUCUCCGCUGGAGGAGGCAGCAUCGCAGCUCAUUACCAAAGCGCUCGAGGAUUACGUGGAAGCCACCAGCAAGGAGCUGACCUGCGACACUCUGACGAGUGCAGAGGAAGCUUUGACUGAGCGAGCCAAGGCAGCGCAAGCGGACCUCAAUGCUUCUUGUGCUUCACUGGCGGAAGCUCGUGAGAAUGUGCUGGCAUCUCAGGCAGCCGCAAGCUCGUCCAGUGCCAGCCUGCGCCAAGCCCGUGUGGAGGAGACAAAAGCCUUGGCACACUUCCAAGAUACGAGCUCUGCAGGAGCUGAAACGUCAAAUCUUCUACAGCAGCUGCGCAAAGCUGCUCUAGCAGCAUACUCCAACCUUGGUGGCCCCGCCACGCAGAACAAGGGGGUCGACGCUUUGGAGCAGCAAUUGUUGCAGUUCGAGGAGUCCUGCCGGUCUGAGAUCGAGAAGCGAAAGGAGAGUGAAGAUGAGCCGGCAACGCUCACGGAGUCGGGUGCGAAGGAGAGGGAAGAUGAGCCGGCAACGCUCACGGAAACGCCCAAGUCUGCGGCCGGAGCGGCAGUGGGCGAGGGCUGA